AUGACUACGCUGCCAGAUGAUCGAGAUCCAAAUGAAGGUGAAGACGAACGCGAUCGUAAACGAAAGUUAUUUUCAACAAAAUCGAAUGUUUCGAAAGAGAAAAGUAGUACAUUGUUGAUUGGCGCUGAAGCAAGCGAAGAAGCAUUAACAACUGCGCAAGAUUUCAAAAGUUUGCUAAGACCAAAGAAAAAGAAUGGCUUUAAAUUAAUAAAAACAAAAACGAAAGUUUCAUCCGAACAAAAAGAAAGACGAACAAGUUUGAAAGAUGAAAAACGAAAAUCAAAGGCAAAUCGUGAUAGUAUUGCAAGCACAGCAGCUUUAGUCGAACAACUUCGUCCAAUACUUGGUCUGACAUUAGAUGAAGCGAUUAAGCACAAUCCUCUUCAAAAUGAUGAUCUUGCAGUACCACGUUUCCUUGUUGAUUGUAUACAUAUUAUUGAACAAGGUCACGGGCAGGAUAAUGUGUAUCGGCAAGAACCAGUGAAAAUCAAACAACCGGCUGAUCUGGAAAACGCUUUAAAACAACCGUUAACACCCGCAUUUGCUGUCAGUUUACUAAAACGUUUUCUCAAAGAACUACCUGAACAAUUGAUUCCCCCUGAACAAAGCACAGGGAUGUUUAAAAUAAUAAACGAUCCAAGUGCUGAUGCAACGCGAUUCGCUGAAAUUCGUAAUCUCAUUCAGAAGAUCCCGAAGCCUAAUCGAGAUACGAUUCGUUUACUAUUUCUUCAUCUUCACGAUAUUAUCCAUCGAUUUAAUACCAUGUCACCAUCGCAAACGCCGUCAUCGAAAAACAGUGACUCAUCUUCUAUACCUGUUACAAUAGCUGCAUUGAUCAAGAGUAAAGAACGUACUGUUAAAUAUCUAAUUCAGCAUGCAACAGAUAUUUUCGAACGACCACGAACCUCAUCGACAUCACGAGUUUCAUUAAUAAAGAAUGUCUCACGUUCUUCCCUUCAUUCGGAAACGAUUGAAGAAUUGGAGGCCGAAUUAAACAAACAAGAAGCAUUACUGAAUAAAAUGCACGAAGAAAUGCAACAAUCACAACCAGUCUCAUCAACGUACGGGACAACAACACCAACUAAUGUAGAUAAAGAUAAAGAAGAACAAUUAUGGGCUCAACAACGGCUUGUCACAGCGUUGAAACGCAAAAUCAAACAAGAAACUCGUCGACUGCAACAAAAUCGUCUCUCAUCCUUUCUUGAACAUUCAGCAUCAACCACAGCUAGUGCAUCCGUUUCUCAAUCGACACCAUCGCAUCAACCAGAAGUCAUCUUAAUCGUUAAUAAACGCGAUGACGCAUCUAAACAUCAACAAACGCCAAGUACAGCGGAUGAAACAACGAAAACUACACCUGGUCCGAUAAGCCCAAAGCCUGUCCGACAACGUGAACGAAGUGGUGUAGAGACCGAUGAUGAUGACCUUCUUGCGCAGAUACAACGAGCCAUGGAUGGUACUCCUGGUGUAUUCGAAGAAGAAUUAUUGAAAGAAAAAAUCAUUGAAGCACGUCUUAUAGCUCGAUUGAAAACAAUAUACAAUUCAUUUAUGAAUGAAAAAGAAAACUUAACUAAACUAGAACAACAAAUGAGUGAAAAGCCAUUAGAUCUAUCAAAUAUAACUCCAGUCAUGACAACAGCGAGUGCGGAUCAUGAAACAUCAUCAAGUCAAACUGUAGAUAUUUUACAAGAACUGUUAAAUACGAUCAAACUAAAUAAUCAACUAGAGACAAAAAUCGAAGCGAUUAAACGUAAUAUCGAAAAUGAAAAUGAACGUAUUGAAGAACUAUGCGUUGACUUACGUUUCGGAAGAUUAUCGAGUAAAAUUCAUCUUCAUACCAAUACGAAUUCACUUCACUCGCCGGCAAAUCCACUUGUUCAAGUGACUAAACUCUGA